AUGCUUGAAUGGAUCAGAAUGUACUUGGUGAAAAGGUUGCAAAGGAACAGGGAUAGGGCAGAGUUUAGAUGGAAAGGGAAUGUGUGUCCAAAGAUCAUUAAGACAGUGGAGGCUAAUAUGGCAAAAUUAGGUGACUGCAUGCCUAUGAAAAGUGACAACACUCACUAUCAAGUAGAGUGUUAUGGUGGAGGUCAGUAUGUGUUGCAAAUUAAGAGGGCUAAUGCUGCAAGACAGGAGAAAGCAGCUAAGGCUGCUGCAACAAAAGAGGCCAAAAACAAAGAAAGGGAAUCAAAGAAACAGAAACAAGGUUCUGUCAGCCUUGAUAAGCAGGUGAAACAAGGCUCCACCUCCACCAUAGAGAAAGAGAAAGAAGGCCCAAGCAUGGCACCACCUGCUCCAUUUGUAGAAGAAACUGACUGGGAUGAUGAGGGCUUUGUGUCACAACUGACACAAGAGUUUUGUGCAACUCCACAGCCUGAGAUGACAAAGGGACCCACACCACUUGAACAACUGAAAAUGGGAUUAGGAGAUGAUUCAUAUUUUAGAGGUAAACAGUUGGAGGCCAUCACUGCAAGAGAUGGAACUCCAGCAAUGUUUGAAAGGAUUCAAAACUUCUCUUUGGGUAGCUCAUCUCAUGAUUUGAAGCAGAUCAAAAAGGAGAAGGGAGAAAAUUCUAGAAAGAAGUGAAUUUCAGUUGAUUUGGUGGUUGUAAAACACUUGCAGGAUAUUGUUUAUUUUGUUGGGAAACUGAAUGGCAGGAUAUUGUUAGAUUUUUAUUGGAUAUUGUUAAUUUUGCUGUGUUU